GUUAGGAAGUUUUUACAGCAGUCCAGAUGGAAGCUGCAAGUAAGGCUGCAGUUGCUAUGCUGGGAUUACAGGUCUGGCCACCAUACCAGGCUCAGAAGAUUGAAGAUGAGGGGCGGGGAAGUUGCUAUGGAGCAGAGGCAAUGCAGGUGCCCAGAGCCACCAGCUAUCACAGAAGACGACUUUGAAGAUUGUUUGGCAACAGAUGACUUCCUUGUGGACUAUUUUAAUGAAUUCCUAAGCCUGCCUACAUUUUCAGAGGCAAUUAGAUUUAAUGUGGAUUUUGGUGUAUUUGAAGUAAUUAAUGAUGCUCCACAACUUCUGGACAAGCAACUGAAAAAAAUUCUACUAAACCAGCAACCUCGAAAUCCCAUCUAUGAUGUUGUGAGGAAAGGAAAGAGUGAUGCUAAACCUUUUCAAAAGAAUGUCUCCUUUGAAGAGGAGGCCAUCAAUGUCAACUACAGUAUCAUGUGUCUCAAUCGGGAACAAGGUAUUCAGUGGAUCAAAAAAGAAAGACUCCCAGCAUUUCUGGAAAGUGAUUGCUACUUUGAAUACAGGCUAGCCAAAUUGGUCUCACAAGUAACAUGGAGCAAGUCAGGCAUGAAUUUCACAAUAGGUGCAAAUUUUUCUCCCUGGUUUACAAAGAAACCGCCCACUCCACCACCUCCCAUCAUGGAAGAUGACAAUCUUCCAAUAAUGAAAAAGUUCUACAUUUCUCUUGGCGAGGCUUCCUACACUCAAACAAAAGAUUGGUUUGCAUUAGCAAAACAAAGUCAGCAAACAGUAUCUACUUUUUCAUUGCCCUCCUGUAUACCCCACUGCAAAAUCGAAUCACCAACUAUCUGUUCUCCUUCUGAGAGUUUUAUCUUUGAUGAUGGAAUUUACCCCAGAAUAAAAGACCCAUCUACAGCCACUAAAUUAAUUUCUGAAUUGGAAGAAGAAGAAGAAGGAUCCACAUCUGUAAAAGACACUCCUUCUCAAGCACUUUUGAGAAUAUAUCUUGAAAAGAAACCAGAUGUUUCUCAAAAAGGUCUGACAGUGCAUUUUUUAAAUUGUGAAGACUUUUUAAACUCCUAUAUAACCUUCAUUUUUCGAGAAGCCAUUCAACAUAUUACUGGACAGACAUUUAGUGAAACUCCAGACUACAUCAACUUCUACAAAGUAGCCCAAGUGAUAUUUGAGGAGUCUUUUGAAUCUUACUUUGCCAAGAAAAUUUUAGGUGAACCAGUUGAAACUGUAACAAAGGAAACAUCAGAAGAAGACAUGUUAGAAAACAUAAGUUUAAGUUCAAAGAGUGAGAGCAUUGGACCUGAGAGCAGGGCUGACUGGUGUAUUUCUCACAAAACCUAUGACAUUGGCAAUAGAAAGGAGUUUGAAAGAUUUAAGAAAUUUAUAAAGGGCACAUUAGGAGAGAGAUACUGGUGGCUAUGGAUGGACAUUGAAAGGCUAAAAGUUCUUAAGGAUCCUGGAAGACAUCAAAGACAUAUUGAUAAGAUGAAAAAAUGCUAUCUUGUGAGCAGUGGAGAUUACUACCUUUCUACAGAAGUCCUAUCAAAACUUAAAUUGCUACAUGGAUCUCACUGGACUGAAGAACAUUUGAAAAAUAUUCAGACUGAGGUCAUAAAACCUUUGCUUCUUUAUUGGGCACCAAGAUUCUGUGUUACUCAUUCAUCCUCAACAAAAUAUGCUAGUGCUGAACUGAAAUUCUGGCACCUCCGUCAAGAGAGACCAAGGAAGGAUAUUGACCCCUUUCCACAGAUGGCAACCCUCUUGCCACUAAGACCUAAGUCUUGUAUUCUGCAAGCCCCUGCCUUCCAGAAAGAAGAAUCCAGUUUAUCACAAUCUCCUAAAUAUCCCAAGAAAUCACUGAAAGCAAGCACAGGAAACCAAAAGCUCUUGAAGAGUGAGUCUUUAAAUCCAGUUUCCUCUAAGGAUGAUGGGUUGGAGAAAGGGUCAAAGUCCAUGUCAGAGAACCGCACAGUGAUUCAUCUCACAUCCUUUACUGACAUUUCUGAAUGUUUGAAGCCCCAGCUGGAUAGAAGAUAUAUUUAUACAGAAAAGCCUAAUGUUAAAAAUAUAUCAGAUGAAGGAGCCUUGGGCGGAUUUGACAUGGAAAAUUUGUUGCAAUCUUUAUAUGUAGAAAAUAGAGCUGGAUUCUUCUUUACUAAGUUCUGUGAGGAUUCAGGGAACAAGUUGUGGAAGAACAGUGUGUACUUUUGGUUUGACCUACAGGCUUAUCAUCAGCUGUUCUACCAAGAAACACUUCAGCCUUUUAAAGUAUGCAAGCAUGCACAAUAUCUUUUUGCCACAUAUGUUGCUCCAUCGGCCACUCUUGAUAUUGGACUCCAGCAGGAAAGGAAAAAGGAAAUUUAUAUGAAAAUACAACCACCAUUUGAAGACCUCUUUGAUACAGCAGAAGAGUAUAUCCUUCUCGUCCUUCUGGAGCCUUGGACAAAGAUGGUGAAGUUAGACCAAGUUGCUUAUAGAAAGGUGGAACUAGAAAGAGAAACUCGGCAGCUAGACUCUACAUACUUCAGAAAGCUGCAUGCCUUGCAUAAAGAGACAUUGUCUGAUAAAGCUAAGGACACUGAGGGUGAACUUGAAACUGAUAAAUUAUCACUCUCUGGUGUCUCCAAAUAUACUGAGUACUGGAAUAAAGUCCCUGAAGAAUUUAAACAUUUUAGAUUUAAUGAUCUACUUACCAACAAACUGGAGUUUGAACAUUUCCGUCAGUUUCUGGAGAGUCACUCUUCAAGCAUCGACCUUAUGUGCUGGAUAGACAUUGAACAGUUCCGAAGGAUACUUUUUAAGGACCAAAGCCAAAGGGAGGCAAAAUCUAUAUACAUUAAGAACAAAUAUCUUAAUAAAAAAUAUUUCUUUGGACCCCGCAGUCCAGCUUCUGUAUAUCAGCAGAACCAGAUAAUGCAGCUAAGUGGUGGCUGGGGAAAGAUUCUUCAUGAGCAUCUUGAUGCACCUGUUCUGGUUGAAAUUCAGAAGCAUGUCCUGAAUAGGCUAGAAAAUGUGUGGUUGCCAUUGUUUCUUGCCAGUGAACAGUUUGCAGCACGACAGAAGAUAAAGCUACAGAUGGAAGACAUAGCAGAGGAACUUUUACUACAGAAGCAUGAAAGGAAAAUUGGGGUUUGGAAGCCUGCAGAGAGUAAAUGGAUAUCUUCAUGUGCUGAUAUUAUCGCUUUCCGUAAAGCAUUAUUGAAUCCAGUUACUGCAAAACAGUUUCAACGUUUUGUGGCUCUAAAAGGAGAUUUAUUGGAAAAUGGGGUACUUUUUUGGCAAGAAGUACAAAAAUACAAGGACUUGUGCCACUCCCACUGUGAUGAGUCCAUCAUCCAGAAGAAGAUCACAACGAUCAUCAACUGCUUCAUUAACUCCUGUAUCCCACCAGCCCUCCAAAUUGACAUUCCAGUUGAACAAGCCCAGAAGAUUAUUGAACACAGAAAGCAAUUGGGACCAUAUGUAUUCAGAGAGGCACAGGUGACGAUUUUUGGGGUUCUAUUUAAAUUUUGGCCACAGUUUUGUGAGUUUAGGAAGAAUUUAACUGAUGAAAAAAUUAUGAGUGUUUUAGAGAGAAGACAAGAGUAUAAUAAGCAGAAAAGGAAAAUGUCACUUGUAGAUGAUGAAAAAUUUGGAAAGACUGGACUCAAACAGCUUUCAAGUGCUUCAGGAUUUGCUUCCAAAACUGAUAUAGUCACUGGUUCCUUCCUAGGCCAGCAAAGCUAUGGCAGACAGCCAAGCUGGUGCUACUCAAAAUACAUAGAAGCCUUGGAACAAGAGAGAGUUCUUCUUAAAAUCCAAGAAGAACUGGAAGAAAAGUUGUUCACAGAUUAACAGCAUUUAUGCCAGUGAUCACGGCCUGUAGCUGAGAGAUGCAAGGGAUUCUUUAAAUCAAAUUUAACUGACAUAAGAAGCUCACGUGGCUGGCUUUUUGGAUGAUCUUCAUUAGUUUAGAACAAAAGGACUACUAGCUAGGUUAGAAAAACCAAAAUGUUUUGCUUAUCACAGUCCUUAAGGAAGAUUAAUGUUAUGCCCCUUGUGUAAUUUUCAACAAGUACUUCUUGCACACUUACUACAUUUGUUUAUAUUCUGAUAUAUUUAGUAGGUAAUAAGAGAAUGUGAAUAUUGCUAGUAUGUGAACUUAAAACAUAAGAGCUUUCCAUGUCCAGCCCUAUAUGACAGAUGGAUGUUGAAGCAGCAUUUCGCACAUGGUAGUACACAUAGACUUCUCUGACAUGGGCUAAUACUCAUGGGUCAUGCGAACCUGUUCACUUGUUCAUAGAAAGUACUGGGAAUCUCCAUCUGUAUCCCACACCUGAGUUAUUCUGACACAGAUAUUCCACAGAAUAAUCUGAUGUAAAGUGUUAAAGUAGCAAGAAAAGUGCUUCAAAAGAUAGAAAGCCCUCUUUAUCUAUACACCUUUCUAUACUUGUUUCUGGAGGAAAAGGACCUGAGAGGUCAUUACUGGCUUCCUAGUUCAGGAGCUCCAAGGAUAUGACUUAAAUGAUCGGAUUAGCAACACAGAUUAGCACACGCUCAGAAGACAUUUUUAAAGUUGAAACUGCUAUUCCAAAUUCCCUAAGAAGUUAGAACUUUUAUAUGUGGAACUGGGGACAUGGCUCAGUCAGUACAGUGCUUUCUGCACAAGCAUGAAGACUUGGGUUCGGAUCCCCAGCACUCAAGCCAGCAUGGUGGCACACACUUGAAGAUCAUGGAGGUGUGCUGGCCAGCUUGUCUAGCCAAGUCAGGGAGCUCCAGCGCAGUGAGCGACCCUGCCUUUCUGGCCUCUGCACAUGUAGGCUGCUAGCACCUCCCCUGCGUAGCAACCCAGAUUUUCUCUAGAUGCUUUGUCAAAUUAUCUCUAGUUGUGAACCCAGUAGUGCUUUAUGCUUAGUCAUUGUCAAUUAUUGUUGUUGGAAAGAUCUGAUCAAUAGAAUCUUGAAGCUAGUUUCACAUCGUAUACUUUUGUAAGCAUUAACUUUUUAAAGCAUCAGUCCUGCUUCUUCAUAGCACAACUGCCAGUCCCUUCUCACCAACGUGGGCCCAUUUGCUUUAGUCAGUAUUUUGCAUCCACUUAAAUAAUUUCUGUUCUUUUAUGUCACUUUUGAAAGCAUGGUGUUUAACUGAGAUGUUCAACCAAUGUUGCAUUAGUAAAACUCAAAGUAUUUAA